CCUAACUCAUAAAUCACUCUCUACAAAAAGCCAUAAAAAUCUCCUCUUGCAAAACUUGCUCUUGGAACACCCAUUUGAGAAUCUCAAAAUGUAAGCCAAAAACCACCAUUUUCAUAGCCAGAAAGCUAGAAAAUCCAAACCCCAUCAAAAAUGCCUUCAACAAUGGCUAAACCAAGAAACCAAAACAAACCCACCAAGAAGAUCAACCAAAGCCACAAACUUGAGCCCCAAAAGGCAGAAAAGCCCCCAUCUUGGGCAGUUGUGAGAGGCCUUUUAACCUGCAAACAUUCUUCUCAAACACAACAACAGCAAAAUGAAGACCAAAACCAAAAGCAAAAACACAAGGUGCAACAAAAGCAAGAGCAAGUUUUGGAUGAAACUGCAAAGAUUAAAGUCAAGAAAAUGAAGUGCUCAGGCUCACUUUGCAGCAACACAAAGGUCAUGCACAGGCCGGAAACAGGCUCGCCGGAAGUCCACAAGAAACGGGCUAUUUCCGCUUCUUCUUCGUCAUCUUCUUCUUCAACUACCAACAAUGAAACUGGCUCAAACAGAUCCAUAAAAGCCCCACUAAAUGAGCUAAAUGGAGUGGUUUCUACUUCCACUUCUUCUUCUUCUUCAUUUUCUGUGUCUUCUUCCACAAGUGGGUCUUUUAGAGGAAUGCCUUUUAGGAGAUUCUCUGGGUGCUAUGAGUGCAGAAUGGUGGUUGAUCCUGUUCUUGGAAUAGCCAGAGACCCUUCUUUAAGAGGCAGCAUUUGUUCUUGUCCUGAGUGUGGUGAGAUUUUCAUGAAACCUGAAAAUCUUGAGCUUCAUCAGGUUGUUAAGCAUGCAGUGUCGGAGCUAGGUCCAGAGGACACAAGCAAGAACAUAGUGGAGAUAAUCUUCCAAUCAAGCUGGCUGAAGAAGCAAGCCCCAGUCUGCAAAAUCGACAGAAUCCUCAAAGUCCACAACACCCAGAAAACCAUCACCAAGUUCGAGGAAUACCGCGACGCCAUUAAAGCUAAAGCCACCAAGCUCCCCAAGAAGAACCCCCGCUGCGUCGCCGACGGCAACGAGCUCCUCCGCUUCCACUGCGCUACCCUCCGCUGCUCCCUCGGCCUCAAGGGCUCCUCCAAUCUCUGCAACUCCGGUCCGACGUGCAACAUCUGCAGCAUUAUCAAGAACGGAUUCCGGGUCGCCGGAGAGCCCACCGGCGGCGGAAUUCUGACGACGGCGACAAGCGGGAAGGCACACGAUGGUGUCGGUGGUGCCGGAGAAGACGAGGCGAGGGCGAUGCUGGUGUGCCGGGUGAUCGCCGGGAGAGUGAAGAAGAGCAUGGAGGGGGCUUUGGAGGAGUAUGAUUCUGUGGCUGGGGCUGUUGGGGUUUAUUCUAAUUUGGAUGAGUUGUAUGUGUUUAAUGCUAGGGCUAUUUUGCCUUGUUUUGUUGUUAUCUAUAGAGGUUUUUAG